AUGGCAGGUAGACAGCUUGCUGCUGCUGCUGCUGCAGCAGGGAUGGCAGACCCAUCCGCACGUAGAGGCAGCAGCAGCAGCAACAGCAGCAGCAACAAGAAGCACGAAUGUCCUGUUUGCUUCGAGUGUUUCUCCCUUGAUGAUGAACUCCGACCCAAAGUGUUGUCGUGUGGUCAUUCUUUGUGCUGCAGUUGUAUCUGCAGGUUAGUAGAUGCAGAAGCAGCAGCAACUCCUCCUUUGCUGCCGCUGCUGAUGGAGGUUGCUGUAGGCAGGAAGCGACUUAAUGAGCUGCAGCAGCAGCAGCAACAGCAGCAGCAGCAGCAGCAGUUGCUGCAGCAGCAUCAGGGCGGUAGCAGCAUCUUUCCCGCUGCAGCAGCAGCAGCAGCAGCAGCAGCAGCACAUAGCUCAGGCCUAUUAUCUUGGGGUUCUGCAUCAGCAGCUCUUACCGCCACAACAGCAGCAGCAGCAGCAGCAGCAGCAGUUAAUGUAGCAGCAGCAGAGCAGCAAAGAUUAAGGAAUCUCCUUUCUUCUUCGCUUCUUGCUGCUGCUGUUCGCUGCCCUUGCUGCCGCUGCUGGAGCCGUGUUGCAGCAGAGAAUCUUGCGCUGCUGCAGUCUGCUGAGGAGGAGGAGCAGCAAAACAAGCGCCGUCUGGAGCAGCAGCAGCAGGAGCAGCGGGAGCAGCAGCAGCAGCAGCAGGAGCAGCAGGAGCAGCAGAGGAGGCGCGAACUAAAGAGAAGGCCACCAGGGACAGACGAGAGGGCAAAUGGUGAUCAAGUGUGGGUCGCCUAG